AUGCAUUAUCAAGAUCAUCUGACCAAGUUUGCUAUAUUGCGAGCACUUACAUCAAAGCACGCAUCAGAAGUCGCCUAUCAGCUACUAGAUAUAUUUUUACUUUUUGGUGUCCCACAUAUCCUGCAGUCGGAUAACGGACGUGAAUUUACGGCCAAUAUUAUAAAAGAGCUGAAAGACAUGUGGGCAGAUUGUACAAUAGUUCAUGGAAAACCUCGACAUCCUCAGUCACAAGGAAGUGUUGAAAGAGGAAAUGCAGAUAUCAAAGACAUGCUGGUUAUCUGGAUGAGAGAGAACAACAGCAAAAAGUGGAAUAUAGGGUUGAAAUUUGUUCAGUUUGAAAAAAACAACAGUCAUCAUUCUGGUAAAAACAGAUCACCAUACAAGGCAAUGUUUGGCUGUGAUGCUAAGAUAGGUCUAUCAUCAUCAUCACUACCUCAAGAGAUUCUUGGUUCUUUGCAGACCGAGGAAGAUCUGAUUCAGCAUUUUCAAAGCUCUGAUAAGCCAGAUGAAAUAAGCAAUGAAAGGCCAAAUGAGUUAAGCUCUGAUAAUCUAAACCAACAUGACGAGGAAAGUCAGCUAAAUGCACCAUCAAAUCAAUCUAAAACUCAGGAAACAGAAUUAGAUGUUCAUGUGUGUGCCGUGUGUGAAAAUCUAUGUUUUUCGAAUAUUCAGUGUUCUACUUGUGCACAGUACAUACAUGAGCUGUGUUCAAAGGGAAGCAUAUCUGAUACUAUCACUUGUCACCUGUGUCUAAACGAAGAGGUCAUCAGAAAUGAGAGAAGGCAUGCAUCAGAAUCAAUGACAAAACAAGCUGUCAGGAUGAGAAAUCUAUCAGAAAGAGUUUUAACAGAGGUGGAUAUUGGAGCAAAUGUGUUGGUUGCAAUUCCCCAUGUUGAUCGAGGGAAAGGAGACCCACGUAACCUUAUGGCUGUUGUUACUGGAAAGGAAGAGCAUGGUUAUAAACUUGGAAUUAAAGAUGGAAUAUUACGUGGACUUUACACCAGGAAUCAGUUUGAACUAUCUGACAGUAAUUUUAUAUCUAUUCAUUGUGUAAAUUAUGAUAAUGAAAUAUCCUUUAGAAAAGCUGUCAGUAAAGUUUCUUUGUGUGAUGGUCAGGGUUACACAAAAUGUGGCUGUAGUGCUAGUGGUAAGACUAGAUGUAACACUAAACGUUGCCUUUGCAAAAAGUCAGGACAAAUGUGUAACAGUCGCUGUCAUCCAAACAUUACAUGCAGCAACAAAUACUUGUCAUCUUCAGUGUUUAUGUAA